GUCCUUUCGGCUCCGGGCGAGGACUGUUUGCUGGCGUCGCCUAGCAGCGGCCAUCUCCUCCUCCGCCUCCUCUCCCUCCCGCAUCGGCUACGGAAGCACAUGAGUUUUCAAGAUGGCACCCAUUUUAGAAUGGAAGAAGAUAAUGAGAGUAGAUCCUGAUGCUUUGCCUCGUCAAGAAGAGCUAGCAGAUAAUUUGUUCGAGAUGGUAGCCAAGGUUGAUGGAAAUGACAUCAAGGAUGUGAACCCUGAACGUUUAAUUCAACUCUUCAAAAUUUCUCAGUCACUAAUGAAGAUGAAAAAUCAAGAAGUAGAGCUGGCUUUGGAAGAAGUUGAGAAAGCUGGAGAAGAGCAAGCAAAAUUCGAAAAUAAGUUAAAAAGUAAGGUGAUGAAACUGGAAAAAGAAUUAGAGGCAGCACAACGAUCUACUGGUGGUCGUGAUACUCGCUUUUUGCGUGAUGAGAUCCGUCAGCUGGGAAGGCAGCUGGAACAGAAAGACAGAGAAUUGGCAGAUAUGGAGAAAGAACUAGAGAAGGAAAAGAAAGUCAAUGAACAGCUUGCUCUUCGAAAUGAGGAUGCGGAAAAUGAAAACAGCAAGUUGAGAAGAGAGAAUGAACAGCUUCGUCAAGAUGUAAUUGACUAUCAGAGACAAAUAGAUACACAGAAAGAAACACUUCUUUCACGAAGAGGAGAAGAAUCAGAUUACAGGUCGCAAUUAUCAAAAAAGAACUUUGAGCUUGUCCAGUACCUAGAUGAAAUUCAGACUUUGACUGAAGCUAAUGAAAAAUUAGAGGCUCAAAAUCAGGAAAUGAGAAAGAAUCUAGAAGAAUCAGUGCAGGAGAUGGAAAAAAUGACUGACGAGUACAAUAAAAUGAAACUAAUUGUGCAGCAGUCUGAUAUUGUCAUGGAUCAACUAAGAAAAGAAAAGGAACAAUAUAAACAACAGGUGCAUGAGCUAAUGGAACAACUUAGAGCCAAGAAUGAAGAGGAUGAUCCUCUCAUGGCAGCUGUAAAUGAAAAAGUGGAAGAAUGGAAGGAAAUCUUGGCUUCCAAAGAUGAUGAAAUCAUUGAGUAUCAGCAAAUGUUGAUGAAUCUGAGAGAGAAACUCAAAGUGGCCCAACUUGAUGCUGACAAGAGUAGUGUUAUGGCAUUGCAACAGGGUCUGCAAGAAAGAGACAGCCAGAUCAAACUGCUCACUGAACAGGUAGAACAAUAUACAAAAGAAAUGGAAAAGAAUACAUUGAUUAUUGAGAACUUGAAAAAUGAUUUGGAAAAAGGAAAAGGUCUGGCUUCUGUUACGCAACAGGAUUGUACUGAGGAAAUUCAAGAAAAGUUGCGUAUACUGGAACAGAAAGCCAAGGAGGCUGAAAGGGUAGCGGAACUAGCAGAAGCUGAUGCAAGGAAUAAAGACAAAGAGCUUAUUGACACUCUGAAGCGAAUGAAAAAUUAUGAAACUGGGAUUUAUGGCUUGGAAGAUGCUGUUGCUGAAAUAAAAGAUUUGAAAACACAAGUUAAAAUAAGAGACCGUGAGAUUGAAACAUUGAUUAAAGAGAUUAAUAGGCUUGAACUUAAAAUAAAUGAUUUUCUUGAUGAAAAUGAAGAUCUCCGGGAGCGACUAGGCCUUGAUCCAAAGACAAUUAUUGAUUUAUCUGAAUUUAAAAGUAGUAAAGCAUUAAAACAGCAGCAGUACAAGGCUGAGAAUCAGAUUCUACUUAAAGAGAUUGAAAGACUGGAAGAAGAAAGAGUUGCCCUAAAACAACAUAUUCGUAGACUUGCUCAGGAGAAAGGAAGGAGAGCUGCAACUUUAGGAUUGGAUACAGAUGAUCUGCAGCUGAUUGAUACCUUUACAGAAGAUCUGAAGAUGAAAAGGGGGAAAUCUGAGUUCAUGAGCACGGCUAACAUUGAUGACAUUAAAGCAAAGUGGAGUCCUCAGUUUGCUUCACAAGUAGAAGUGGAGAAAAAGAGUGAUGGCUCCAAGGCUUUAACAAUAGAUGAGCUUUACAGUUCUCUAGGGAAGGAGUCAACAGAAACAGUAGGGACAGCAUUAUGUCCAGUGAAUUAUAAAAAACUGAAUGAACUACAAGUAGACUGUCCAGUUUCAUUUUCUUCUCUGGAAAGAAAAGAAAGUACUAGUUCAAGACAAGAGGUACAGAGGCAGGAAAGGCAGAUGAAGAAGUCUGAAGCUCAUUCCCAUAUCCAUAUGCCACUACAUGCUGCGAAGACACUGUCCCUGGAUUUCCAGGGUGGGCUGCCUCUUACUCUGCUUGGCAAGCCGGUGUCAUCUUACGUAGUGCAGGAGAUUCUGCUGAAAGAUGAGGAGGACAAUUCUGAAAUAAAAUUACUAGAUUUGAGAACUGAUUUGCAAGACCCAGGAAAAGAUGAGGUGUAUUUUCCAGAAUCGUGGUCAGUAGAUCAUGUGAAAGAAGGACUUGGUUGUGGCCAGACAGUAAAUGCGUAUCAGACAGAUCGAGUUGAGACUGUCAUAAAGCAGCUGAAGAGUGAAUUAAUUUUUCUUAGAUCAGAGAAUGAGCAGAUACUGAGAAACUUUUUCGUCAAGAAUACACUGAAUCAAAAUACAGAACUAGAGCUUGAGAAUUGCAGGAGCCAGAAGUUUGAGAAUGACUACCUUGCCAAAGAAUUAAAUGAAAGAGAAAAAGACUUGGAACAAAACAGGUCUAUAAUAAUAAAGUUUCAGUCCAAAUUAAAAGAAUUAGUGCAAGAAAAUAAGCAUCUUGAACAAGGCAUGAAAGAAAUCCUUCAAGCAAUAAAGGAUAUUCAGAAAGAUCCAGGUGUGAAAGGUGGAGAAACCGCUUUAAUGAUUCCUAGUCUGGAAAGAUUAGUAAAUGCAAUUGAACUGAAGAAUGCAGAAGGAACAUUUGAUGCCAGCUUGCAUUUGAAGGCUCAAAUUGAUCAACUUACAGGGCGAAAUGAAGAAUUGCGGAAGGAACUGAGAGAAAUUCGGAAAGAGGCAAUGAACUUUUCUAAUCAGCUUGCCAAAGCAAAUGCAAAGAAUGCCAAUCUAGAAAAUGAAAUUCAGUUGCUGAGGCAAUCAGAAGGUGCCAAUAUAGUAUUCAAAGGUUUAAAUCUUCCAGAAACGAUGGCUCCUUCUAGCAUGAAUAUAAUUAAUUCACAAAAUGAAUAUUUAAUACACCUUUUGCAGGAACUUGAAAAUAAGGAGGAGUUGCUAAAGAAAUUGGAAGAAGCUGUUGAAGAAUAUAAAAGAAAAUUUGCAGUUAUCCGCCAUCAGCAAGGUUUGCUAUAUAAAGAAUACCAAAGUGAAAGGGAACACUGGCAAACUACUAGUGAAAAAAUACAAGAAGAAAAAAAGAAGCUGGAAUGUCAAAAAGAGCAAGAUGAUAUAAAGAUAAAAGAAUAUUUUAAUUUAUUAGAUGUGCUUCAAAAGGACAGUGAUGAAUCAAAACACCUAAUUGCAGACUAUAGUAGAAAAAUGACUGUUCUGCGAGUAAAUGAAAGAUCAUUGACAAGGCAGUGCACAACCUUACUUGAAAUGGAAAAGCAUCUUCGGAAAGAAAAUGAGAACAUGAAGGCGGAGUUAAUAUCAAUGGAGGCAGCAGUCAGAGAAAAGAUUGGGUAUUUGCAAAGGUUCAAGGAAAUGGCAACCUUCAAGAUAUCAGUACUACAAAAGGUUUUGGAUAACAGUGUUCCUCUCAAUGAGCUGGAAAUGGCUAAUAAACAAUAUAAUGACUUAACGGCUAAAUAUAGGGAUAUGCUACAAAAAGACAACUUGCUUAUUCAACGAACAGCUAAUCUGGAGCACCUAGAGCAUGAGAAUGCAUCCCUGAAAAAACAGCUGGAGUGUUUAAACAAGGAAUUGGAAAUUACAAAAGAGAAGCUUCAUACAGUUGAGCAAGCUUGGGAGCAAAUAGCAAAGUUGGAAGGAGACAGUACUACAGACAAGGCUACAAAAGCUAUAACCAACACAGAGAUUGUUUCUAUUUCUAAGAAAAUUACUAUGCUGGAAAUGAAAGAACUAAAUGAAAGGCAGAGGGCAGAGCACUCCCAGCAAAUGUAUGAACACUUACAGAAUACAUUAAAGCAAGUAGAAGAACGCAACAUUGAACUAGAAGCAAAAUUUGCUGAGCUUACAAAAAUCAACCUUGAAGCACAGAAAGUGGAACAGUCCUUGCGAGAUGAGCUGUCAAGCAGUGUGAGCAAAGCAGUCAGUGAAGCAGACAGAUGUCGAAUAAUGGAUCUGGAGAAAAGUGAAACAGAACUAAAGAUUGAGGUGUCAAAGCUAAGAGAGCUUUCUGACAUUGCCAAGAUGCAGGUUGCUGCUUUGGAGAAUCACCAGCAAUCCAGAGAAAAAGAAGUGGAAUCACUCAGAAUGCAGAUAUUGGACUAUCAGGCACAGUCGGAUGAGAAAACACUUAUUGCAAAAUUACAUCAACAUAUUGUGGCUCUUCAGAUUAGUGGAGCUACUGCUGAAUCCAAGCUAGAGGCUGCAGUGUCAAAAUUCCAGAAAGCAGAAGUUACUAAUAUGCGCCUAGAGCAGAAACUGGAUGAGAAAGAGCAAGCAUUAUAUUAUGCACGACUUGAGGGGAGGAAUAGAGCUAAUCACCUACGCCAGACUGUUCAGUCACUGCGGAGGCAAUUCAGUGGUGCUUUACCCCUAGCUGAACAGGAGAAGUUUUCCAAGACCAUGAUUCAGCUUCAGAAUGAUAAAAGAAAAACUAUGGAGGAAGUCCAACGUGCUCAGCAAGAGCAUCGAAAUGCAGAGAACAGAACACUGGAGUUGGAGGUGAAACUAAAAGAGUUAGAAGAACUCACUGCCACGUUAAAAGACACAAGAGGAGCGCAAAAGGUAGUUGAGUGGCAUAUGAAAAUUGAAGAACUACGUCUUCAGGAACUGAAAUUAAACCGUGAAUUAGCCAAGAAAAAUGAAGAAAUUAAAUAUUUGAACAAUAUCCUUUCUGAAUAUGAACAUACAAUCAGUAACUUGGAGGAGGAACUUGUACAGCAGAACAAGUUUCAUGAGGAGCGGCAGAUGGCCUGGGAUCAAAGAGAAGUAGAAUUGGAACGCCAGUUAGAUUUAUAUGAACGUCAACAAAAAGAUUUAUUGAGCACAGCUCAGAAGUUUGAUGAAGCGACAGGAUCCAUUCCAGAUCCUAGUUUGCCACUUCCACAUCAGCUUGAGCAAGCUGUAAGGAAAAUUAGAGAACAUGUUCGAACAAUCUCGGAAAUACAGGCCACCUGCAGAUCUUUAGAAGAGAAACUGAAAGAAAAAGAAGCUGCUUUAUGGAAAGCAGAGAAAAAUAUCUUGUCACGGGACAGGGUCAUAAAUGAACUAAGACUUUCUUUACCAGCAUCAUCUGAAAGAGAGAAAAUAAUAGCAGAGAUUGAUCGGAAAGAAGAGCCUCCUCAUGCCCUGAAAAUUGCACAUCAGACAAUUGCAAAUAUGCAAGCAAGAUUAAAUCAAAAAGAGGAAGUGUUGAAAAAAUACCAACAUCUUUUAGCCAAAGCCAGAGAGGAACAGGAGGAAAUUGCAAAGAAACAUGAAGAAGACCUAAGAAUGCUACAUCAAAAAUUGGAUUUACAUACAGACAAUUCCUUUAAUAAAUUUAAGCAAACUGCAUUAGAAUUGAUGAAAAAGCCUUCUUUAGCUGUACCAGCAAAUAAACAUCUAAUUCGUCUAGCAGAGAUGGAACAAACUGUAGCAGAACAAGACAGCUCCCUUGCUUCCCUUCUGAGCAAAUUAAAGAAAACUUCAUCUGAUUUACAAAAACAAAAGCAAAUUACCCUGGCAAAAAUGAAGGAAUUUGAUAGAAUCAGAGCUCAAGUGGAACAGAAGCAUGUUGCUGAAGUGAAAAAAUGGAAAGAUGAAGUGGCUGAAUUAAGGAGCUUGUUGUCACAGAUGGAAAAAGAAUUAAUGAACGUAAAGACAGAGCUGGAGGCUCAAAAAGAAGCAAAUAAUAGAGCUCCAACAACUACAAUGAAAAAUUUAGUGGAACGGCUGAAGAAUCAGCUAGCCUUAAAAGAGAAACAGCAGAAAGCUUUGAGUAAAGCACUCUUGGAACUUCGAGCAGAAAUGACAGCUGCUGCAGAACAACAGAUCAUUUCUAUAGCAUCACAAAAGGAGGCACACAUGAAUGUUCAGCAGAUUGUCGACAAACACACAAAUGAACUGCAGAAUCAAAUAGAAGAUUUAAAUGACCAGCUUUCAAAACUUAAAGAUGCCCUGAAGUUAAGUAAAAAUAAAGAGAAUUCAUUAUUAGGAGACAUAAAUGAUUUAAAUCAGGAGCUUCAGAAAAAAGUCAAAGCCCACACAAAAGUUCUAAGGGAGAAGGAAGAGAUGGAAAAAGAAAAUGAAGAGCUGAAGAAGCGAAUUAAAAGGCUAACCAAUUCAAUUCAGGGCAAGGCUGAUGAACAAAUAUUGAUAGAUGAACUUCAAAGAAAAAUUAAGAAGCUGGAAGGUGAGCUAGGAAAAAAGAGUGAUGAAACAGAAAAGAAAAGUCCAAGAGAUGAGAAGAGCUCAAAAGAAGAAUUAAUUAGAUGGGAAGAAGGUAAAAAAUGGCAGUCUAAAACUGAAGGAAUGAGAAACAAACUGAAAGAAAAGGAGAAAGAAGUAGAAUCCCUAACCAAACAAUUAAACACAGUAAAAGAACUUUUUUCCAAGUCUGAUAAGGAAAAGCUCGCUUUGCAGAAGAAGCUUAAGAGCAGUGGUGUUACUGUUGAUCAGGUUGUGGGAGUGAGAGCCUCAGAAUCAGAACGAGAACUGGAAGAGCUUCGAAAACGAAACAUGGAUUUGGAGAAUGAGAUUGUUCACUUGAAGACACAGUUUGCUGUCCCUCGAGAUUCUGUUGUGGAAGAAUUGCACUUAAAGAAUAGAUACCUGCAAGAAAAACUUCUUAUUCUAGAGAAACAAUUUUCUAGAGAGACGUUUUCAAGACCUUCGACAUCAGGAAUAGGAUCAGAUGAUCAAUAUCAAAAAGAACAAGAUCUUCAAAAGGAGAAUCUAAUGUUGUCAUCUGAAAACAUGGAACUACGAUUCCAGCUAGAACAAGCCAAUAAAGACUUGCCAAGAUUAAAGAAUCAAGUGGCUGAUUUAAAAGAAAUGUGUGAACUUCUAAAGCGAGAAAAAGCAGAAGCUGAGCGGAAAUUAGGCAGUAUCAGAGGGUCUGGAAGAAGUGGAAAAACUAUUCCUGAAUUGGAGAAGACAAUUGGCUUAAUGAAAAAAGUUGUAGAGAGAGUUCAGAGGGAAAAUGAAGAGCUAAAAAAAGCACCUGGAAUUAUCUCUGCUGAAAAAAUAGCUAACCUUGAACAAGAAAAUGAAUAUUUAAAGUCUGAAAUGGAAAAAUUGAAACUUCACCUUGGAGGAGAAUUGAGUGCACGUUAUGAAUUGAAGACUAAAGGCACAGAAAAAAUAAUUGCUGAAAAUGAGAGAAUACGGAAGGAAUUGAAAAAGGAAGCAGAGAAUGCAGAAAAGCUGCGAAUUGCAAAGAAUAAUAUUGAGUUAAUGAAUGAGAGAUUGACCAGAGAACUUGAAGAGACAAUGAGGAAGUUAAGUGUGGCAGAAAGCAGAAACCCACAAUUAGAAGCAGCUGACAGCAAGACUUGGAAGUCUAUGGUCAUAACAAGGAUGUAUGAAAAUAAGAUGAAGGAAAUGGAUGCUGAUAUAGGUAAAAAAUCCCAAACCAUUAGUGAUCUUAAACAGCUGUUACAGAAAGCCACAGAGAAUGAAGAAAAAAACGAAAAAUGUAUCAAAGACUUAAAAGAACAAGUUGAGCUUCUCAAACACUUUCCUGAGGGCACCCACUCAGAACAAGAUCUCGUCAGAGAACUUCAGCUUCUCAGAUUAACCAAUGAUCGUUUGGAAAAGGAAAAGGCAGAACUUCUUCAUCAGAUGGAGGCUUCUCAAAAUAAACCUGAAGUAAAAGGAGAUGGUUUGGCAGCUGAAUAUUUAGAGAAGGCUGCAAACUAUAAAUUACUGGCAGAAGAUCUCAAGACACAGUUGAAAACAUCAGAUUUGGAACAGCAGAGACUUCAUGAAGAAGUCAAAAAAUUAAAAAAAGAACUGGAUCAUUUUGAUCCUUCCUUUUUUGAAGAAAUCGAAGAUCUGAAAUACAACUAUAAUGAAGAAGUUAAGAAAAAUAUUAUCUUGGAAGAAAAGCUGAAAGAACUUUCUGAACAGUUUGGCAUCCAAGUAGAUACUCUACCUAGAGUUUCCAUCAAUUAAAAGAAAGGCAAACAGACUGUUUAUUUGGAGAUGAAGUGGUGCAGAAAAAGAGCAAAAACGUAUCAGGGGAUCAGGCAAACAUUUCUAAUUCCUGUUCCAUAAUUCUGCUGUACCUUUUGACUUCUGAUAAAACAUCCCUUUGAUUAACUUGAGAAAUCCUUGUUUUAAUUUUUACAAGCAUGAAAGCAAUGGCGAGAAAUAAAAAGAGUAUACUGUGAAAUUGUGUAUAUAUAUGUAUAGUGUGCUAAUUUAUUAAGUUUUAAAUGUUAUAUUUUGUAUAUUUUUUUAUUGGUGUUUGCAUUGAAGGAAUAAAUUGACCACAUCUGAGGUAUACUUUAUUUUUCUAUGUUUAAGUAGCAUGUAAAUAGUGAACAUACAGUUUAAAACUUGUUUACUGUCUUAAAAUGUUUAAUUUCAAAAAGACAGAUGAGUAGUAUUUGGCUUUGUCUAAUAAAAAUUCUACAAACAUA